GUUCAUGUUGUACAGUAGCUGAUGAAUAUACAUAUACGUCAGCGAACUCUCCAUGCAGACCAUGAGAUCCUUAAACUGGAUACUCAUUCAAAACACAGAAAUUACAGAAAUAAAUCGUAACUGUGUAUCAUUUUUUUAUCACAUGGAAAAUAAUUUUUCAAAUACAUAGGCUCAACACUUUAAGGUGAAGUCAAAACAAAAUUCUGUUAUAUUCUCAUAAUCAAAGCAAAGAACAAGUAGGUUUGUAGGCUUUAUUUUGACACGAAACCGCCAGACGCUGAAUGGUCUCUUGCAUUAUAAUGGCUGGAAGACAUGUACAUGUACACUUGCUGACACAUAAAAUUGACAUAGCCUAAGUUCAUUCUUAAAUAUCGGAAACGACGUUGGACACCCUACCGAGUGUUAAAAUUGAAAAUCCCAAAGAGAACGAGGUUGCCUAGGAUACGGUGAUUUCGACGUUACUUGGAGGCAGUUCGUGGUUUCUGGAUGUAACCCUUCAGCUGUAAAAUGAGGUCUAGUGUGGAUAAAGCUGCUGUCAAGAUGUCGCGUCGCUGGAAGUUGAUUUGUGUUCCGACAGUUAUUGUAACGGUGAUAAUAUGCUUCACGUCGACAUAUCUGUUACUGGUUAAGGGUACGAACCGUUGGGGAAGUGGCCGUGGGCUUCGUGUAAACCAGAACACAAGAAGGACUGGUGUUGAAACAACACGGAAUUUCUCAAGAAUUGGAAACAGGGAAGAAAAAACUAGAGAGAAUAUUACAAAAGUGGUUGACAGAGAACAAAACAAGAUAUUGAUGACGAAUUCAGCAGCAGUUGCCGUGUGUUGCACGGAUCUGAUGAAUCUUGACAAAGAUAAAGCUGUGAUUAUUGGUCGUCGAAGAAAAAACAAAGGUUUUCUAACAAUUGGUAUACCGAACACACCCCGUUCAUUUGGAAAGAGUGACCUCAAAAGAACCCUCAAAUCUCUGAUUCAGAACACUCCCAAUGAUCUCGGGCAAUCUCAUGUGAGUAUUGUUGUCUUUGCAAGUGCCUUAGACCAGAGUACUCGACUCUCCACCCGUGAUAUCGUCGCUGGUUUUCCUGAACACGUUCAGAGUGGACUGCUGCAACUUAUCGAAGCCCCUAGAUCUUUCUAUCCAAAUCUGUCAGCACUUACUGGCAGUGAUCUCUACAACCGUGUCAAGCAGAACGUUGACAAUGCAUUCCUACUUGCUUACGCUAUGGACAGUGCGGACUUCUACCUGCAACUGUCAGAUAAUGUCAGAGCUCCUUCCAAUUAUCUGCAGUCGAUACGUGAUUUCAUCAAGCAACAAGGCGGAGCUUAUUGGGUAACCCUUGAAUUUUACCCAGUAGGAUUCACUGGCAAACUUUUUCAUGGAGGUGGAAGGGACAUGCAACAACUCAUCCAUCUAUUCACAGAAUAUGCCAGGGAACAGUCUGUCGAAAGUUUGUUUGGUCACUUCAAAGACUUGAAUGUGCAACUGAGAGACGCUGUGCGAAGACCACCUCUUUUUGCGUCAUAGUGAAAUAUUAAGUAGACUAUACUAGUUCCAUCCUCACAUUUUGUGUGUUUUUAUCUCAAUUCAUAUCAGGACGUAGCUAUGAGUUCCAUUAUUUUGUCGUAAUAUAAUUUGCCAUUAACAUGAUUACCACAAUGUGUGAAGUGGAUAUUGUGGGUAACAGUAAAUUACAAUGAAGCUCACGGGAAAUUCUGGACACUAAAUAUACCGGUAGUUAUCAGUUAUUAUUGUCAAUCAAUGACAAGAAAAAUUUCACAAAGUAAAGACGGAAACGGAAGGAAAUCGACAGUAAAUAAUGUUUCAUAUAUUUCCUGGUAUCAUACACAGAUUAUAUAUAUUUAUUAUAUGUUUUGACAUAUCAGAAAAAAAUAAGCUUUACAUGGGGAUGGAUUAUUUACGAUUUCUUUUGGAUUUUCAAAGGGGUGCAGCCUUUUAAAGCACGAAUAUUUUUGUAUGGAGGCUUUGCGUGGUAGCCAUAUUGCCUGCCGGGGCAAACCUUUUGUUCCACUGGGAAACCUUACUCUUGCAUACCCUGUGGAACAAAAGCACUGGCCUGCAAGAUGGCAGCCGUGCAAACCCUUCAUACAGAUUACUUGUUGAUGAUGACUAAAAUCGAUGAUGUAAGGUAAAGGUAGCCCAAUCAUUGUAGCUGUUCCCAUAGGGAUUAACAACAAAAAACUCUUCAAGAAAUGCUAUAUUUCGUGGUAAGAAUUAUAAAGUUCAUUAUAAUAUCAGAGGCAACAAUCAAUAUCAUCAAUUGAUAUCAAUACAGCACGGUGCAAUGAAUUGUUUGAAGACACAUUUGUGGGAAUACAUUUACAACCAAAUAGAUUCAACAAAGUGAACUUACAAGUUUACCACAUCACAAAUCUUCACGAGAAAGAAAUAUAGAUGCUUCCUUAUGCAAUCACAUACAAAUGCGAGUAUGUACAACAUCACAACAAAUACUUCAUAAAUGAGCAAAUAACAUGGUGAGAUCAAAUGCGUGCGUUUUAAAUUGUUUUACUUGUCUUUGCCGUAGACAGUUUACGUAAUUUAAUUACAUCUUGUGUGAUUAUAAUGGCGUUUUGUGGUUUAUUCUGAUGUGUCAUAAGCCUUUAUAUAAAUCAAUAACCUUAUUUGGCUUUUCGUGUUCUUUUGUAAGUACUUGAUUUCUCGAGAUGAAGGCUACAUUUUUGCGGUAGCCGUGCUAGUACCAGCAAUGGCAUUAUCAUCUGGUAUCUGGGACUCCUCGAUUCCUGAUUCAGAAUAAUAAUCUUUCGCUCUUGAAGGAGAAAAGCCACAAACCAGUCCACAUACCCAACACCCAAAUCCUCUCCCAUUUCCAGGUAGGAUACGAGACUUGCCUUGUCCCUUGAGAUCGUCUACCUCGUUCUUAAGCUGGGGAGGAAAAGUAAAGCUGAAUCUAGUUAAAGCACUGCACAUACUCUGCCUGCUAUGGGAUAUCUAUUUCAUGUUUAUUAGAGGUGUUCAAAGGGAGAUGACUUGACUUUCAUUCACAAAUUGAAACAUUAUAGAUUACUCUUCCUUUAUGUGUUUUAUUGCGCCUGUUUAUUACAACAGCAGGGCUAUAAAGAUAACAAUAGACUGUAUUCGCGGGGUUUUCAAUUUCAGUCGUAUUGCUGAAUGUAUUGUAUACAUUUGAAUUCCUAACUGGGAUGGUAACAGCUGAUUUCGGGGGUCGGAAUGAAAUCGUAGAAUUGAGUCUGUUUCUUUAAUUUUUAAAUUUUCAAAUGAAUAGACUACGUUGGGGAAUCUGACAGAAAUUGGGUCCCCCGCGUGUACGGUGUACAUAUAUUAACAGUUUAUUGUUUUGAAAUUUAAAGGAUCCAGGAAAUGAAUUUUUCUUAGAAUCACUUUUUGUGUAUCUCUGUACUCUUCUUCCAAGUAUGAAGACUUUUUGACAUGUGUUUUGAGUAAAGUGAACUGAACGGUGCACUUUUUCAAACAUUAAAAAUUGGCCAAGCAUUUCUGGACAAGUGA